AUGCCGAGUCUCGACAUCCCCGGGGAAUUCCUCAGGCAUGCUGUUCUAGAUACAGUUGUCCCGCAUGCUUCAGAUGUAGACCUGGAGGCUGCUCUGACGUCUGCUCUGGAAGGAGGCGCCGAUGAUUUGACCUCUGUCCUCUCGUUUAUCCCUCAACGUUCAGUUCUGUUCUUCGAUGAGUACUGCACCGUCCGCAUCAUCCUUCGACUCUCCAAUUGUUCACCUGCAAGCCUAAAACAAUAUCUACCGCAAGUGGAGGUUGGCCUGGAUGCAUUCGCUAUCGAUCCAGCCGAGACCGUUGCAGAGAACCCGACUCCCACCCGGGAUCUAAUAUUCUCAGGGGCCGUAAAGGCACAGGAGCCCCUCGUGGUGGUAAAUGAGUUCGAGGGCGACUCAGGGGAAGGCAAUCAUGUCUAUGUGAUUUGGAGCAUCGAAGCUUUUCUUAAACGCCCGCGUAUACGCAUCACGCAUCCCUCCCUCCUUUUCAUCGCCUCCGCCAACCUCAAUUUAGCGAAGAAUCAACAACAGAUAUCUCGAGGGGACGACUACCUCCCGCCAUUGAUACCAGCGUCGGCCAAUAUCCUUCAGCCCCUAUCAUCGGAUAAAUCCCUCUCUCUCAAAGACCCCUUCCUCCCUGCGUCUCGACUGUUGCGUGUCGUACCUGCAAAACAGACCGAAGACCCCAUCUACCAUAUCCAACAACGUUCAGGGCAUCCGAUACGAGUGGUUCCAGCUGCGAGUGCCAGGAUCCGAUAUGCUCGGCUUAACUCUUACAGCGGGCGACCAACCACUGUUGCCAGUUUGGAUUUCGAGGUGACACCAUUCCUCACGUGCGACGUGACGUUUGACAAAGCGGAACUCCGGCUGUCAGACGGGAGCAUAGAGACACUUUCAGAUGCGCCGGGGCUUGUUCCGCCUAUCAAGUGCCUGCCACGAGAUGAUAUAACUCUAGUGUAUAAAUUGACACCGGAAAGUGGGCAGAAUCCUAGCCCAUCCACGACUGUUAUGGUCAGCGUUCUCGAUAUUUCCUUGGAGGCUGUGAUCCACUUGUCGCAUAAUUGCAACCCACGGAUUCUAAUGCAAUGGAGGGCCAAUGUCGACUUUUCCAUGCCGCUCAAUCCCACCUUUGGUGCCCCUAGCCAGGCAUUGCAGCGAAACAACCGGCCGGCUAGUCUUCCUAUGAAUCAAAGUCUGAACAGUACCAUGACAGGAGGAUCAGGGAUCGACCGUAGCUCUGUCCGGGAUAGAGCAUAUUCCUCGACAGAUCUAGGGGUGUCAAUCUCAUUCACCGGCCCUCCCCGGGUGGAAGUUGGCAAACCAUUUUCGUGGGGAGUCUUCAUUGUAAACCGGUCGGCAACCGCGCGGAAAUUCGCCAUAAUAGCCAUCCCUCGCCGAAAGAGACAUGAUCCCCGAACUCAUACGGCGCGCCCGUCAUCCUCAUCCGCUACUACUCGCAAGGAUGCCCAGGUUGCAGAAGCUGUGACGGACGACAACAUUGUACAUGCGCUCCAGAAGAGUGUGGCUGGCCAAGAAGCCGAGCUUGUUUCCAUGAGUACGGAUGUUCGUGCUGGACCACUUCUGCCGGGGACUUGCUUUGCGACCGAGCUGAAACUACUACCACUGGCGGUAGGUGCCCUUCGUUUGGAAGCCGUACGCUUGGUGGAUAUCAAUACGAACGAAACGACGGAUAUCCGAGAUCUCCCGGAUAUUCUCUCCUUUGAAAGGAACACGACUGCUUGA